CGACCCGCGGCGCGCUGACUCGGACCGGGACCCUCCUGGGCGCGGCGGCACCAGGUGAGCAGAACUAGGGUCCGGGGUUCGCCUCCCACUUUCCUCAACUUUUUGUUUCCCCUCCCUCCGGAAAGGCCCUGGGCGGCGGGAGUCCGGUCCUCCCUUUACCCCGGGCAGAGUGUGGACGCUGGCUGAGUGCAAGAGACCCGGCCCGGAGCAACUUCCCGCGGCCUGAGACCUUCCGACUGUGGCUCCAAGUUUCUGUCCCCCUGGGGUCCCCAGCGUGGACUCACGCUCUCCAGAGUCUCGGGGUCUCAAGGCAUGUGGCCAUCUCUCCGCACGCCUUCGCCCUCCUCCACGCAGAGACGCGCGGGGUCUCCGGGCGACCUUUUCGGGGUUGGGCCCGGGGCCCCAGCUCUGGCCUGGGGCGGGGUGGUCACUUCUGAGGUUUCGGGCUGGGGAAAAGGCUCCACACUCAGAGACGACGGGGAACGGCCCUUGCCUCCUCCCACGACGCUCCCGUGGCUGUGCACAGCAUUGGCCGGGGUCGGGAGGCCCGGCGUCGGGUCCCGGUAGAGCCCCCUCCUCGUGUGACCCCGGCAGUCUCCUCCGCCUCUCUGGGCCGCAGUUUCCAUCUGUGAAAAUUAGGCUUUGGACGCGGCAGACUGCGGCUCAGUGCUAGGCCCCGGGCCUUAGGCACUCCUGUUGGAGGCAGGGAUGGGGUGUCGUGUCUUGAGCUUCGGGGGUGCGGAUGGGGAGUGAGUGGGGUAGCAAGGCCUCCUUCCUGGGGCUUCGGCUACAGGUUCCAGCACUGAAGCUGUUUAGAAACCAUACUGGGGGAGUGAAGACGCACCACCGGACAGCGAGGUCCUAACUCUCCCCCUGCGGGCCAGGGCUCCUGGGCGGGGGCGCGGUUUCCUCCCACACCCUCCCUCCCAUGGGGGCCACACCACACACAACCCAGCUACUCCUUACCCGGCCCCGGCUCCAGUCCUCAGGCCACAGGCCGAUAAGGGCUUAAACCGGGCGGCCCAGGCUGGGGCGGCCUGAGGUGCUGGGGCGGUGCUGCUCCGUCCGGGACGCGGGCCACAGAGGCCUCGGGUGGAGGAGGCCGGAAAGGAGGACAGGCGGCGGGAAAGGGGGAUGAUUCAUCCCGAGGAGCUCGAAUUGGAAACGCUGCAACCUGGGAACAGCCUUGCCCAGGCCGACGGGAGAGCCGGAGGGGAGCUCUACCGGCAGGGCCCCGCGCCCAGCACCUGCAGCCCCCUGCGCCCUGCCGUGGCCACUGCCCGGCCGCUGGGGGAGGAGAGGCCUCGUCUACGCGGAGUUUAAAGCAAUCCCGGGCAAAGUCUGCCGCUGGUCUUGAUCGGAACGGUCUUCCUGGAGUCUAGCUCAAGUCUCUCCUGCUGCAGCUUCAGUGCAGACUGAGGAGGUCUGAAAGGAGGGGGCGGGCAGGAAGAGGCUGGAGUCAGUGACACCCCCUCCUUCCUACGCUGCGAGCGCCUAGACGACGGCGAGAUGACGGCUGGGAGCCCUGGAGACUGCGGGGAGGUGCGCAGGAGCCCCGAGGGCCGCGUCUCUCGCCUGGGCCGCCGCCUGGGCCGCCGCCGGCGCCCGCGCUCUCCGCCCGAACCUCUGCGGGUGCGGGCACGGCUGCGGCUGCGCUCGCCGUCGGGGGCGUUCGCGGCGCUGGGGGCGCUCGUGGUACUGGUGGGCAUGGGCAUCGCCGUGGCCGGCUACUGGCCGCACCGCGCCGGCGCCCCAGGGCCGCGCGCUGCCAAUGCCAGCGCCCCCCUCCUGAGCGAGCUGCGACGCGAGGGUCGCGGCGCCGGCCGGGCCCACGGCCCGCACGAGCGGCUGCGGCUCCUCGGGCCGGUGGUCAUGGGCGUCGGCCUGUUCGUGUUCAUCUGCGCCAACACGCUACUCUACGAGAACCGCGACUUGGAGACGCGACGGCUUCGCCAGGGGGUGCUGCGGGCCCAGGCGCUCCGCCCUCCUGACGGCGCCGGCUGGGACUGCGCCCUCCUCCCCAGCCCCGGACCCAGGACUCCCCGAGCCAUAGGCCGCGCAGAGCCAGAAAGUUGGGACCUGUCCCCGCGUCGGGGCACCUCACCCGUCCCGUCAGUGCGGAGUCUGCGUUCAGAGCCUGCUAAUCCUCGCUUGGGGUUACCUGCCCUGCUCAACAGUUACCCUCUGAAGGGCCCAGGGCUGCCCCCACCCUGGGGUCCACGGACCCAGACUGGCCAUGUGAUUAUCACCGUGCAGCCCUCUGGUUCCUGCAUCGAACAUUCCAAGUCUCUGGAUCUGGGCCUUGGGGAGCUCCUACUUGGGGCCCCAGCAGCUCGAGACUGCGCUCACCGGAGCUGGCCACGGCUGGACCGCCUCAGUCUGGGGGGUUAUGCCAAGUUGGGAGGAGGAGGGGACUUGGGAGCCCGGGUUUGAGGAGCAGGGGACAGCCUUCUAGGCGGCUGCAGCAUGGACAUUGGUAACAGGACCAGAAGUCCCAAUAUCAAGUAGAAGCAUCAGUCACAUCCCAGACUGGAGGUGGAUGCUCUGGCCCCAUCAGCUGCUAAGGCAUCCUGACUUGCAUGUCGGCAGACAAAUGCCAACUGCACAGGGUUCAAUAAGCUGGAGACAAUGAGCUUUAAUGUGGAGUCUGGAGACCAGCAUGACUCGGCCUUGGGAUCUCUUUUAAGCCUCCAAAAGUGGCCUUACUUAGCCUCGGACAGGUACCUGAGGGGGCUGGAGGUCCAGGUCAGGGUGACUGGGAGAAACCUGGUGUCUUGGCAAACCCCAAGUGGUGAGCAAGGACCCUUAAGACUCAGAAGGUAGGUUGGGAUGUUACAGGCUGGGAUGGGCUCCCUCCAAGGUGGUGCCAGUUGCAGGGUCGGGGAAGACGGGCAAUGGGGUAGAGCAGAGACCCUCCACUGCCAUCUGGGAUGGGGCCUGAGGCUUUAUCUCCCACCACCUCAGCCCCUGUCUCCCCUCAGCCAUGCGGGGUAUACCCCACUAGGGCUACACUACUGCCAAAGUCUUCCUACCAAGGGUCUGGCCCCUCCUUAAACAGGUCUGAGAAGCCCCCUUCUCUCUGUCAUGGCCUGUGCUGCAAAAUCUCCCUCCAGCAGGCAAAAAGCUUUUGUCAGAUCUCCUUUUAUACAACGUUGAAGCCACAUUUUGGCCAAUGUUGGGUAGCUUACUUUAGAAAAUGGCUUGAAUUUGGGUCUCCCUUACCCAUGUUUAAUUUUCCCCAGAUUGCUGGUAGGAAAAGAGAACUUUAAAAGUUGAUCAAUUCUCACAGAUUCAGUCUUUUUUUUUUUGUAAGUUUAUUGAAAAAUGCAAU